GGUUAGGUUAUUCGGCGCGCCCAAGCGGACCCGAUGAUUCAAACCUCAAACCUUUCAAUCUCAAUCUUCUUGCGUAUGUACAACGUUCUUCUUUGCGUACAUCAUGAACGCCAUUAAGUAAACGGUGAAGAAUGCACAUCGUGCUCGAUGAUGAAAACAUCGAGCUGCAACAAUUCCUCGUGUGCGAGUUUUACGGUCGGGAGACCUGCUUUUGUUGGUCUCCCGACAAGCUCGUCAUCUUCCCGUACACGAAAGAAGGUUCAGCGGCGCGAGACACGCGAGUCCUGUCGACGCCAGGGUCCGUCCGGAAGAUCCAGUGGUUCAGUGAUUACGAUGGCAGAGUGUUCAUGAUCUGCACGCCGCAGGGGGCCUACAAGCUGUCGCGGAACAGCGAGUUCGCCCUGCUCAGCAAGAACGCGCUCGCGAUGGGCGCCGAGUACUGGGAGGUGAUCGUCGCCUACCGGAACGGCGUCUACCUCGACAACAAGCAGAGCAAAUCCUCCCGGUUGUUGUUUCAGUGCUCCACCACCUCGUCGGAGGUGGCCGACAAGGUGCACGCCCUUCCUCUGGCCCUGCAAAGCACCGAAACACAGUUUGUCAACUGUCUCGUUGCCAACUGGGAGGCUGAGCAGAAGCUCUGCGUCCUCGCACAUCACCGGAAGCUGUUUGUACUGAGGGGAGAUGCUGUACAGCUGAUCUACAUGAGCGACAUCACCAUUGUGAACACCAGUGCAGUGAAACGGGGUAAUAAGGUAGCGGGUGUGCUGUUGCAUCUCGUGGACGCAGACACGGUGAUCCUGGUGUACGGCAAGAAUGAUAAUUUAGCCUUCGAGAAGGUGCAUCUGGGAGGAAAUGGGAGGAACACAUCGGUGCUCUGUGCUGGCUUCAGCUUGCAGACUAAGAACGUUAUCUGGAUCCUAUACUGUGAUCAGUUCCGGAUGUACUAUGUGAGAAAGGAGCUGUCCACCAAAGUUGUUCAGCAGACGCCAGUGGACGAGAGGACAUUUAGGUGCAUACAACAUUACAGGUCGGAUGUGAUUCUAGGUCUCUCGCAGGAGAACGAGCUGGUAGAGUUCUCUCUGGAGAAGUUCGAGAGCUCUCUGUUGGCCAGCAACGACGUUGGCCUCUGCACAAGCAUGUUUCAAAGAACGGAUCUCAUCAUGGAGAAGAUCUGUGCCAAAGUGAAGCAGUUGGAUGUGCUCUACGAGAGCUUGGCAGUUGAGCAGGAUAGAUUGAGGCGCAUAAAUAUGUAUGCCUCGAAGCAGAGACUUAAAAUAAAACCUGACAUCAAGGUGUCCAGGAUGCAGAAUUAUCGUUAUCUUACCCUAAGUAUUGAUAAAUUGCCAAAGAACAGUCAUGUGGUGUUCACUUUCCUUUCUAAAAAUCGUAAUGUAUUUUGCAUAAAGGAAAUUAGGGAUACAAAGCUUACGAUAGAAAUGCCUAUCAAUGAAGACAAGAUAUUGUGCUCCUCGACCGUCGGCCUAGAUUUGAUUACGUUAAUGGAUAAGCAACAUCCUUGGUGCCUUAUAACUGACUUCAUAAAUUAUUCAUUACAGGAUUAUAGGGAUCGUAAGAGAAAAAUAGGACCAAAGAGAGACAAGACAGUUUUCAUAGACACUAAGAUAACGUCAUUGCGAAAUUUAAUAGAGGACAAAGAUUUGAGCAUGGCAAAAUUGUGCGAAAUUAAGGAAGUCAUACGAAAGUCAGAGCUAUAAUGUACUGGGAGUAAUUUUUGAAUUAAAAUUGACAUAAUAGCUUUUUAUCUUUAAUGCUUAAGAGAUAAAUAUUGAUUAGAAAUUGAUAAAUUUUUUACUAUUGUCUUGGAGAAUAGACUGAUUAAAAUGAACUACUUUUGUACACCAAUCUGUUACACACAUAGUUGUAAUAUUCUUAUACCGCUUUCAUAAAAUUUUAAUAUUGUUAUGUAAUAAAGAUUUUAUUCUUUUGUAUGAAUGAUGUACACAAACUAUAUAGUUUUAGCUUUCAAUAAAUGUCUUUAAUUUUUCAGAAUGCUAAUUAGGUAUUGAUAUAAAGUAUUUAUAUCUUUUUUUUAUGUUAUACAUACAAUUGUGUGAUUGUACAGAACGGAUACAAGAAGUUGGGAAUUUUAUGCUACAUUCUUUACAUUAAAUGAAAGCGUGUGAAAAUCUGCGUAAAGGAAAUUUUAUGAAACAUUCCGAUGAUAAAUUGUGAUAAAUGCAAGUAAAUGUAUAUAACGUUUUAUAAAGAUAAAAGGAAGAUAAUCUAAG